GCCAUAAAACCUCGCGUAGCGGGUGUUGCAGCAGUCAUCAGAAUCCAAAUUUCCCGCACUAGAAAGUAAGAAAGAAAAGAGACAUUUUUUCUUCUCUUUUCUUUUCUUUUCUUUUCCUUACAUGGUAAAUUACAGAAAUAGAAAAUGAAUUCCGUCAUUUCAAAACCUCCCCUUAAUUUCGUUCAGCUCCCAAAACCCGUUAUUAUUCAUUUCCACUGCUCUCUCACUAAUCUCAAAUCUCACAGACAUGCCUUCAAACCUAAAAAAUUAAGCUCCCAAAAUACCUUAAUUCCGUUCAUUAACCCUAAAACACUCUCAAUUACUACUUUAGCAGCCGCUGCUUCCAGUUCUAACUCAGCUAUGGAAUCCACUAACUCAGAAGAAGAAAAUGCCGAGUCCUCCCAGCUAUUCGAGAAAUUGAAGGAGGCCGAGAGGAAAAGAGUAAAUGAGUUGGAAGAAUUAGACAGGAAAGCGGAUGUGCAAUUGGAGAGGCAGCUUGUUAUGGCAUCCAACUGGAGCAGGACAUUGUUAACUAUGCGUGGAAAGUUGAAGCGAACGGAGUGGGAUCCUGAGAACUCGCACAAGAUUGAUUUUAGUCAAUUCUGGAGUCUUCUUAACUCAAAUAAUGUUCAGUUUAUGGAGUACUCAAAUUAUGGGCAGACUGUGUCAGUGAUUCUCCCAUACUACAAGGAUGGAAAAGCCCAGGAAGCAGGAGAGAAUUCAAAGAAGGAAAUUAUUUUUCGGCGUCAUGUGGUUGACCGAAUGCCAAUUGAUUGUUGGAAUGAUAUCUGGAAAAAGCUGCAUCAGCAAAUAGUGAAUGUCGAGGUCAUUAAUGUGGAUACAGUUCCUGCAGAAGUUUAUUCUACUGUUGCAACUGCAGUUAUUUGGUCUAUGCGGCUUGCUUUAUCUGUUGCAUUAUAUGUUUGGAUUGAUAAUAUGAUGAGGCCAAUUUAUGCAAAGUUAAUACCUUGUGAUUUGGGAAAGCCUAGCCAAACUAUUAGGCAGCCACUCAAACGCCGUGCACUUGGGUCACUAGGCAAGAGUCGGGCAAAGUUUAUAUCAGCAGAAGAAACAACUGGUGUUACCUUUGAUGAUUUUGCUGGCCAGGAGUAUAUAAAGAGGGAACUGCAGGAGAUUGUUCGAAUUUUGAAGAAUGAGGAAGAGUUCCAAGAUAAGGGAAUAUAUUGUCCAAAAGGUGUACUUCUCCAUGGGCCCCCAGGGACUGGUAAAACUUUACUAGCUAAAGCUGUUGCCGGUGAAGCAGGACUGCCUUUCUUUGCAGCAAAUGGCACAGAUUUUGUAGAGAUGUUUGUAGGUGUGGCGGCUUCUCGUGUCAAGGAUCUUUUUGCAAAUGCCAGAUCAUUUGCCCCUUCUAUCAUCUUUAUUGAUGAAAUUGAUGCUAUUGGCAGCAAGCGUGGAGGACCUGAUAUUGGUGGGGGUGGUGCUGAGAGGGAGCAAGGCCUACUUCAGAUAUUGACUGAGAUGGAUGGAUUUAAAGAGUUUACAUCUCAGGUGCUAGUUAUAGGUGCGACAAAUAGGCUUGACAUUCUUGAUCCUGCCCUCUUGAGAAAGGGUCGUUUUGACAAGAUUAUAAGAGUUGGUUUGCCAUCUAAAGAUGGCAGAUUGGCAAUCUUAAAGGUGCAUGCUAGAAAUAAAUUUUUUCGGUCAGAGGAGGAAAAAGAGGCUUUACUUCUGGAAAUUGCUGAGUUGACAGUAGAUUUUACAGGAGCAGAGCUGCAGAAUAUACUGAAUGAAGCUGGAAUUUUAACAGCCAGGAAGGAUUUAGAUUACAUCGGACGAGAAGAACUUCUAGAGGCUUUGAAGAGGCAAAAAGGAACUUUUGAAACUGGCCAGGAAGAUAGUACUGAAAUUCCACAGGAACUAAAAUUAAGAUUGGCAUAUCGAGAAGCAGCUGUUGCUGUUCUUGCAUGCUAUUUUCCUGAUCCGUACCACCCUUUUACAGAGACAGAUAUAAAUUCUAUCAAUAGCCAGCCAAAUAUGCGUUAUGCAGAAACUACGGGAAGGGUGUUUGCAAGGAAAUCAGAUUAUGUGAAUGCUAUAGUGCGAGCAUGUGCUCCUAGAGUAAUUGAGGAGGAGAUGUUUGGGGUGGACAAUUUGUGUUGGAUCUCUUCAAAAGCAACAUUAGAAGCUUCAAGGCAUGCAGAGCGUUUGAUUCUGCAGACUGGGAUGACAGCAUUUGGGAAGGCAUUCUAUAGGAAUCAUAGUGAUCUUGUGCCCAAUCUUGCAGCAAAACUUGAAGCACUUCGGGAUGAAUACAUGCGUUAUUCUGUUGAAAAAUGUACAUCAGUGCUAAGAGAAUACCAGUCAGCUGUAGAGACAAUUACAGAUAUUUUACUUGAGAAGGGAGAGAUAAAAGCUGACAAAAUUUGGGAUAUAUACAAAAGUGCUCCACGAAUAUCUCAACCUGCUGUGAGCCCUGUUGAUGAAUAUGGAGCUCUAAUUUAUGCGGGCCGAUGGGGUAUACAUGGGAUUACACUACCUGGAAGAGUUACAUUUGCACCUGGGAAUGUUGGCUUUUCAACCUUUGGUGCUCCCCGCCCCAUGGAGACUCAAAUAAUCAGUGAUGAGACCUGGAAGCUUAUAGAUGGUAUUUGGGAUAAAAGGAUUGAGGAAAUACAAGCCCAAGCUUCAAUGGAGAUUGAGGAAGACAAUAAGAAGCCACAACUUUUAAUGUCCAGCCAUUUCCUUUGAAGAAGACUCAUGUUUUUUUCCUUCGUGGUGUGAAUGCAAUUCCAUGCCUCCCUCCUCUCAUCAUUAGUGUUGAUACAGAUGAUGUUAUUGGUUGUGAUGCAAUUGAGACUGCUAUAGAUAGUGCAUUUGAGGGUGCUGCUAUUGCUUCAAAUGGUACUAGUACAGAUGGUGCAGUUGAGGAUGUUGAUGCAGAUGGUUGUUGCAUAUUGUUAUUAUGAAACUGCUGAUUGUAUUGAAUUUAAGUAUGUUAAAAUCAAUUUUGUUGUUUAGUUAUAAUUGUAAAGAAUUGAAAAGGUUAGGCUUUGUUAUACAAGUAGAAUGUUAGGCCAUAAAGGGUUAUAAAACGCAAAAUGUUGAACUUUUUUAUCUAAUUUGCCAAUUUUAUAUUA